AUGUCGACUUCACGAUCCGAAGAACAUGUGGAGAGUACAGAAGCUACGGAAAUGCAAGACGAGUUAAAGGAGGCGGUAAAUUCGUCUGGAGAUGACUCGGCAAACAUUAUAUUACGCAAUACUUUACAUAGGUCACAAGAAGCAUUGGUGGCUGCAGACGAAACCGAUUUAUAUGAUCCCGAAAGACUUCAAACAGGGAGCAAGACACCAGUUCUCGAUAGUGGCGUGCGGUAUUAUGGGUAUCAUUGGGGGUCAGAAAGACCAAAGAACUACAAUUAUUUGAUAUACGAACUUCAGAAAGAACGAGGAAGUCCUCCUCCUAGCGAAGAGCUAUAUGAAUCAUAUAAGUUUGCUGCUGCCACAACGAAUGGUAACGAAUCUUCAUUAUUCAAUGCAGCGAAGGUCUUCUUCAAAGAUUGGGACAAUGAUAACGGAAAUGAAAAUGGAAACUAUGGUCAGAUUGUCCAGGAGGAGUUUACGAUAUUCGGGAAACGUGCUACAGAAGUGGAUCUAAAGUCACCCAUGCCGCACUUAGUCGAAGGAUUUCGAGAUGGCAGAGUAUAUCUAGAACAAUUGUAUGAAAGUUUCGACGGAGCGGCCGAUAUGAUCAGGGACGAGCGGACACGGUCAUCAGCAUUUUGCCAUUUUGCAGGGGAGUACGCACCUAGUGGUACUUCAUUUGGCUGCGAAGCCGUUCGUCUGAGAUACAUAGGCGCUUUCUUGGUUGCAGAACGACGACUAGCUUUUCACUAUCUGAAGAAAUUCUCCUCCAGUGGAGAAUACUACCGGUGUGACAAGAAAGAUUAUGCCAGCGUCAUCACUUUCAUAAUGAGUGAAUCUCGCAUUACUCUGUUCGCACAUUUCGGUCGAACAGGCUCGAAUAUGGAAUAUAAUGAUGGAAAAUAUCUAGAAUUCCACAUGUCCGAGCUUCUCUGCCUUUCUCCAGCGACAUCGUAUGAGACAUUCAGGGAAGCAUGGGCAAUACUGAGAAAUGCCCAAGAAUAUUCGAAAGACCAAGCCGUUCUGAUCGCCCUAGAAAUGGAAAAGAGUAUGCAGGUAGCUGCGUGGAAAGCUUUCAAUGCAGAGAAGAAAGAUGUGGCUAGAGGGGAUUCUCAGUCGGUGCUUGCUCGCAGGCGGAUAAUGGCUAUUGAGGCGUGGAGGUCUGAGGAGGAAAUGAUUCAAAGUAGAAGGAAUCUGGAUGGGGUGGGGCCAGAGGAUAGGGAAGCCUAUUUCAGAUUGCAGGAAGUGAGGUAUGACUGA